AAAAAAACUCACUAAAAACGAAGUUGAAUAGAUCUUAGUAUCUUACAUCUGACCACCGGAUGUCCGGAUACUUCAACUCACUGCAGCAAAAGAAAAUCACCAAGUCGCUGUUCGCCAUUAGACAGGAGCAAAAAAGACGACGAAGAAUACAGUUUACACUUAAACAUGGCUCCUCCAGCUCAUGCUCAACGAUCGCCUUCUCCUUCUCAGCCGUCUGGGAAAGGGGAAGUGUCAGACUUGAAGUUGCAGCUCCGGCAACUAGCCGGAAGCCGAACUCCUGGGGCUGAUGAUGCAAAGAGAGAGCUAUUCAAAAAGGUCAUCUCUUACAUGACUAUUGGGAUCGACGUGUCAUCGGUUUUUAGUGAAAUGGUUAUGUGCUCAGCGACCUCAGACAUAGUGCUAAAAAAGAUGUGUUACCUAUAUGUUGGGAACUAUGCAAAGUACAAUCCUGAUCUUGCACUUUUGACGAUAAAUUUUCUUCAAAGGGACUGUAAGGAUGAGGACCCAAUGAUUAGGGGUUUGGCUCUAAGGAGUUUGUGUUCGCUUCGAGUGGAAAAUUUGGUGGAGUACUUGGUUGGCCCAUUGGGUUCAGGGUUGAAGGAUUCAAACUGUUAUGUAAGGACAGUUGCUGCAUUAGGGGUCCUAAAGUUGUACCAUAUAUCUGCUUCAACUUGUGUCGAUGCAGAUUUUCCCACACUUCUUAAACAAUUGAUGCUUAAUGACCCAGAUUCACAGGUUGUUGCCAAUUGUUUGUCUUCCCUACAAGAGAUUUGGAUUUUGGAAGGAUCAAAAUCUGAGGAAGCAUCAAGGGACAGAGAGAUAUUGCUAAGCAAGCCAACUAUAUAUUACCUUUUGAAUAGGAUCAAGGAAUUUAAUGAAUGGGCGCAAUGUAUUGUCCUUGAGUUGGUUGCCAAAUAUGUGCCCUCAGAUAGUAAUGAGAUAUUUGACAUUAUGAAUGUUCUCGAAGAUAGGCUCCAACAUGCUAACGGAGCUGUUGUCUUAUCAACUAUCAAGCUGUUUCUACAGUUGACACUGUCCAUGACUGAUGUUCAUCAACAGGUAUAUGAGCGCAUUAAAGCCCCCCUACUUACACUAGUGAGCUCAGGAAGUCCAGAGCAAUCUUAUGCCGUAUUAAGCCACUUGCAUCUGCUAGUGAUGCGUGCACCUUAUGUAUUUUCAUCAGACUUCAAACACUUUUACUGCCAGUACAAUGAACCAUUUUAUGUGAAAAAGUUGAAGCUUGAGAUGUUAACUGCAGUGGCAAAUGAAAUCAAUACCUACGAAAUUGUGUCUGAACUGUGUGAGUAUGCUGCAAAUGUUGAUAUUCCUAUGGCAAGGGAAUCUAUCAGGGCUGUUGGUAAAAUUGCUUUACAACAAUAUGAUGUAAACGCUAUUGUUGACCGGCUGCUUCAGUUUCUGGAAAUGGAAAAGGAUCAUGUGACUGCUGAGGCUCUGGUACUUGUGAAAGAUCUUCUCCGAAAAUAUCCUCAAUGGAGUCAUGAUUGCAUAGCAGUUGUUGGGAAUAGUAGUAGCAAAAAUAUCCAGGAACCCAAAGCUAAGGCAGCACUUAUUUGGAUGCUAGGGGAGUAUGCUCAAGACAUGCAGGAUGCUCCUUACACAUUAGAAAGUCUUGUCGAGAAUUGGGAAGAGGAGCACUCCGCAGAGGUCCGCUUACAUUUACUAACAGCAGUAAUGAAAUGUUUCCUAAGACGACCACCAGAGACACGGAUGGCUUUGGGUGCUGCAUUGGCGGCUGGCAUUAGUGAUUUUCAUCAGGAUGUUCAUGAUAGGGCUUUGUUCUACUAUAGACUCCUUCAGUACAAUGUUUCUCUGGCAGAACGUGUGGUGAAUCCUCCAAAGCAAGCUGUUUCGGUUUUUGCCGAUACACAGAGUAGUGAAAUCAAAGAUCGCAUUUUUGAUGAAUUUAACAGUCUCUCUGUUGUAUAUCAGAAGCCCUCGUACAUGUUUACUGACAAGGAACAUAGAGGGCCAUUUGCCUUCUCAGAAGAACUUGAGCAUUUGUCUAUUGCGGAAGAGCCCACUGAUAAUAUGGCUUCAGUGGCUUCAGCUGAGUUAGUGAAUGCAAAUGACAAGGAUUUACUACCAAGUAUUUCAGAAAUAAAAGAAAGCAAAACACCUUGCAACAACUAUGGUUCAGAAUAUAAUACAAAUGCUACAGAGUCCCGUACGGAUCUUGUUUCCUUAGAUUACAAUUACAAAUCCACCGCUACUGCAUCUUCUACCAGUUUUGCCAUCGAUGACCUUCUAGGCUUAGAGUUGCCGGCUAUAGCAAGCCCUGCUCCUCUUUCACCUCACACUGUGUCACUUGCUCCUAAAGCUGUUUUGGCUCCAAAUGUUUUUCAGCAGAAAUGGCGACAGCUUCCAAUAUCAAUAUCACAGGAGAUAUUGAUGAAUCCGCAAGGAGUGGCCGCACUAACAACUCCACAGUCCUUAAUAAAGCACAUGCAAGGAAACUCAAUAAACUGUAUAGCUUCAGGAGGUCAAGCCCCUACCUUCAAGUUCUUCUUCUUCGCCCAGGAUGACCACCUGUGCACCUAUUUGGUGGAGCUUGUAGCUAAUUCAGCAUCUUCCAAAGCGCACGUAAAGAUUAAAGCCGAUGAUCAAACCACCUCUCAGCCCUUCUUUGAAUUGUUCCAGUCAACCUUAUCCAAGUUCCGUUGAGCCCUCCCUCCCCAGCCACAUUCUAUAAAUGUGUCUUCUUUAUAAGCAAACAUACCCUCUUUCGUUUUUCAGAGAGGGCCAAGGCAGAAUAAAUUAAAGAUAUUUAGUCGUAAAAUUGUAAAAGUGUGUGCGAGGAUUCCGGGAGGCUACCUUUAAAUUAAAUACAUGCACUUUGCUAUGCAGUAGCUUGUGGUAUGGGAUUGAUUGUUAGUAUUUUCAUUUAUUGUUAUCAUUACUCCACAUUGUUAGUUUAUUGCUAUUGUUGCCGCCGUGCUAUUGUUGUUGUUGUUGCUGCCGCCGCCGCUGCUGUAGAAAUGGUAUUUUAUUAGGAUAAGAAAAGUUAUUAUUAUUGUUAUUGUUGUUGUUAUUACUAUUAUUACUACUACUAUUAUUACUAUAUUAUUGUUGUGUUGCUGUUGUUAUUUCUUAAACUCAGAGUACAAAUAACUUGAUGUC